UUUUUUUUUAAUGUUUGUUUUUGUGAAAGUUAUACUUGCACACAACUAAAGUUAGAGUAUUAGAAAGCUCACAAUGAAAACAGCAGACCCUUUCUGACCCUUUAAAAUCAUAUCUCUCUUGCUUCUGAGGGGCCACUGAUUUCAACCCUUGAACUGUUAAUUUUUUUCUGAUACUUACAUCCAUAUUUCUCUAUGUGCUUACAGUGCUAUUUCUUUCUUUCUUUUUUGUUUUUACUCUAUUGCAUGUGUUGCAGGAUCUCAGUUCCCCUACCAGGAAUUGAACCCAGGCAGGGAAAGCCUAGAAUCCUAACCACUAGGCUGCCAGGGAACUCCCACUACUUUUUGAUUUAUCAGUUUUACACAUUAUCUAUCGACUUCUGAGUCAGUAUGGUAGAUUUUGUUCUUAGGUACCAACUUCUGAACGUCACUCCUGUUUUUUUGUUUUUGUUUGCAGGUAAGUUCAUAUUUAAUGUUUACAUCAUGAUGUACUAUUAUAAUGUUUUUUAUUGCUGAGCCUUAUGGCAGACAGUGAUCAUGUUUUUCUAAUUUUUUUUUUUUUUUGGAUAGCUUGUCUUUUCAGAUAACAUCUUUAAAGUCUUUCAGUACUAUUUCCUACAUGGCUCAAACAUAAAAUAAUCUAUCAGUUGUUUUUUUCCAGGUGAUAUUUCUCCACAAGACCUCCAUCCUCUUGCUAUAGUCUGGAGUGGUUGCUCUUAGACCUUUUCACAGCUUCCAUCUUGGGACUCCUGGUUGGAUCUCCUGAUUCUUGGAAAUCAUGUCUUCUUUUCUCUUGGCUUACUACCUCAUUUUGCUGGAGUAGCUUCUUGAGAUUCGGGACAUGGGAAUUAAGUUUUUUGAGACCUUGCAUGUUUGAAAAUGUCUAAUCCUUUCCUUUGAUUGACAGUUUCUCUGAGUAUAGAAUUCUAGGUUAGAAAAGACUUUUUUUUCCCGAGUUUGCUUGAUCAAUGUCUUUUAACUUCCAGUGUUGAUGAAGUUGGGAAAUCUGGUACAUUUUGAUUUCUUGUCCUUUGGAUGGGAUCUCUCUCUCCCCUUUCCCCCCACCCCCACCUCCACCCUUUCCAGAAGCUUUGGAAUCUUUUCUCUAUCCUUGGUGUUAUUUAUUUAUGGUAAUCCUCGGUGUUUCGGAAUUUUGCAGGCUUCUGAGAGGUUCCUUCAGUCUGGUAAAUUUUCUUCUUUCUCUGAUGAUGUCUUCCCCCUCUAUUUUCUCUCUUCUCUUUCAGCAACUUGGAUUUGCUUGAUGUUUAUCUGCUGGGUUGAUCUGCCAAUUCUUUUUUCUUAUUCUUGUCCCUUUAGUUUUUUUUUUUUCUACUUUCUUGUAAGAUUUGCUGUUUUAUCUUCUGAAUUUUCUAGUUUGUAUAUAGUUUAUGUUGAACUUUUAAUUUCUAAGAGCUUUUUGUUCUCUUGGUUCAUACUUGACUCUUUAUCUCUCUGGGAUAUUGAUUAUAGUAGUUUUUGAAAUUCCCUUCUACUUCCUACAUUAUAUCUGUUUUUUCCAAGUUCCUUUCUCUUUCCCCCUUAUUUCGUACUGAGGGCUUUCCUCAACUUCUGAUAUGUGGCUGUCUGGUCAUACUUUAUGGUAAAACACUGAAAUACUCAUUGGAAGCUCUUUGGGUGGUCCAGGCUAUUGACUGAUAGGUGGACUUCACUGAGGGUGAUUGGUUUCUGCCUUUUUUGGAGGUACCUGAAAUGGCAGUUUUUGUAGGUGUUUUCUCUUAUGCCAUUAAGGCACUCCAGAGAAGGAUCCUCCAAACUCUUGCCUGGGUGAUAACAAGUCUUGAGCUAGCAAUCUGAGAACAAGUGAGGUAGAGAACACAUUGUUAAUGAGGGAAGAGAACAGAGGCCUUGGUUGAAAGUCAGUAAACCAAUAUACAAGUAUAAUAAGGUCACGUGUCACUUCCUGAAACUUUUGUUUUAGGUUUGUGUUUAUGUAAAACAAAGUGCAGCCCAUAGUAAGAAGUUCAGUUUGAAAGCUACUGCUACGUGGGUCUGAUAACAUGGAGGGGGGUAGUAGUAGUAACAUCAGCUAACAUUUAUUGAGUGUUUACUUUGCAUGUGGCUUAUGUAUGUUAUUUGCUCUAAUUCUCAAUAACAACCUCUUGAGGUGUUAGUAUUAUUAUCUCCAUUUUACAGAUGAGGAAAUCAUGAUUUAGAGAGGGUAGGUAACUUCCUAAAAUUGCACAGCUAAUAAAUAGGAUAGAGCAUGGGUUUUACUCCAGGUUUAUUUGACUCUGCAGGUUACACAUACUAUGUGUAUGUGUUAGUAGCUCAGUUGUGUUCCACUCUUUGAGACCCAUGGACUGUAGUUCUCCCGGCUCUUCUGUCCAUGGAAUUCUCCAGGCAAGAACACUGGACUUGGUUGCCAUUAUAGCAUUAUGUUAAAUUGGUUACACUUUAAAAAUAAUUUGCAUAUUAAAAAUGCCCUUGUUGAUUGCAAAUUAGGUUUAAGGCCCAGAAAAUCCCUUCUUCUUUGUUUAUUAAAUAAAAAAAAGUAGCCAAGAAAAACUGAGGGAAUAAAUUUCCUGGUGGUCCACUUUUCACUGCGAAGGUGAGAGUUUAAUCCCUGGUUGCACAACUAAGAUUCCACAAACCUCCCAGCAGUGGGUCCCCAACCCCCACCCGCAAAUGUAUCUAAAAUCUAAAUGCACGAGACCUGGGGCCAGUGAGUCUGAGCUUCUGUUAUAUUGAUUGCCCGGACACUAUGUAGUCGUGUGACCUUGGGCAAGUUACUUAAUCUCUCUUGAGUUUUAUUUUCCUCCUUUCUGCAAGUUGGGAGUGCCAGUUUCUGGCUCCAUAAAUACUAGGUGUUAACUGCCAUUAAAAGAAGUCUUAAAGAAAAAAAAAACAAAAAACAAAAAACAUUUUCUGCUCUUAGGAGAGGAAGACUAUUGGUGAAUUGAGAGCCUGCCACAGUAGCUCUUGAUACAUGAAAACUAGAAUAUUACACAAUAAAGAGCAUAGAUAAGGGCAUUGGAUGCUAUAAAAGCAGUAGUCUGGGAUUCUUUUAUCCUGGUCCUUUAUCAUAUUUGUUCAACUUUGAGCUGAUAUUGUAAGCUGUUAAAGUACCUUUUUUUUUUUUUUUUUGUAAAUGUGAGAUUAUUUUCCCCAGGGUUCUGGAGCUUGGAAAUGUAUGGAUAGAUAUUCUGACUUGAAGGCAGCAUGAAUGUGGAUAUAAACCAUCCCAAAUUAGAUGGGUAGCUCCAGAAUUGGUUGGCCAUACUCUCGUCACUGUACUAAUGCUCAUUUCAUUGCACUGGUUCAUCUUCCUUCUCAACUUGCCUGUUGCCACCUGGAAUAUAUAUCGGUACAUUAUGGUGCCGAGUGGUAACAUGGGAGUAUUUGAUCCAACAGAAAUACACAACCGAGGACAGCUGAAGUCACACAUGAAAGAAGCCAUGAUCAAACUUGGUUUCCACCUGCUCUGUUUCUUCAUGUAUCUUUACAGUAUGAUUUUAGCUUUGAUAAAUGACUGAAGCUGGAGCAGCCGUGGUUGAAGUCAGCCUACACUACAGUGCACAGUUGAGGAGCCAGAGACUACUUAAAUCAUCCUUAGAACCGUGACCAUAGCAGUAUAUUUUUUCCUCUUUGAACAAAAAAUAUUUUUGCUGUAUUUUUACCAUAUAAAGUAUUUAAAAAACAUGAAUUGAGUUUUUGUAGCUUUCUGGUUCUCAACUUUAGCCUGAACCCCCAACAUGUGAAGGUGUGUUUCAUCAUCUGUAUAUAGAAGACAGUUAUUUGUAUGUAGGAAGAGGACUCAUUCCAGCCUUGCAUGCCAAAGAGUCAAGAACAUGCUGUAAAUGGAAAGUGUAAUAGAUAAGCAAGGUGCCUCUUCAGGUCAAGAGUACAAAACCAUACUGUUAGUCUGGGCAAAGGAAGAAAGAAACUAAACUACCCUUUUGCCUAUAUUGUGGCAGCUUCUUGUAUUUCACGUGGUUUACAGAUUUAUGGGACUGUAAGCCAAAUAUCUUUUCAUAAGAAUGUUAACAUAAAAAUGACAUUUCAAAAAAAUAUAUAUUUCUUUGCUGAAUUUGUGAAGCCUUAUAAGCCAUUACAGGUAUAAUGUAAUUCCUGCCUAUAGAAAGGAAAAUAAGCCAAAACAAAUUUUAUCAAGAGCUUUCAUUUAAAAGCCACUGCCUCCACAAUCACCCUCAAACUCAUACACUCUCACUGGCUCUUGCUGGAUCCUGGUUUUGUAUUCUCAUUGAUCUAAUUAUAUUUGAUCUCUCUGAUUUGUCUUUCAGUGGUUUUGGAGAGGUGAUUUGGUGGAAGAUGCUCAUCAGGUUAGAUGCAGGAGCAGCUGGUCAUUCAGUGUCAGUGAAAUUGAUCCUGCCGCCAGUCUGCGUGGUGCCUGACUGAUACUUCUGUCCUGCUGCACUGACCACUUGGUCCAUGUCGUGGACAUAGCAAUAUCUAAGCAAACUCGGUGCCUUGGAGUAUUUGUCAACUCUUGCAGUUGUUGAGAGAAGUAGCUUCGUAGGUUCUGUUGGCCAGGUGAAGGGAACCUAGCAUUUUAUUCUUGGUUCUCCUUUGUGUUUUAAUGUCUCUAGGCGCUGGUAUUUAGGUGAAACAGCUGUGGUUUAUGACAGAGUCCAGAGAGAUUCUUCAGUCUGUGGAGGCAGAAUUGGCUAGCCAGAUAAGUUGUGUGGUCACCAAACAUCAAAUGUUGCAUGUCUUUUCAGCCUUGGACUAGGCCUUGGCUUGGCAGAAGCCAGAGAGCCACUAAGCAAAACUCCCUUUAUGGACAGACCCACAUUUUGCGGAUGAUGGUAUGCCCUGGCCACACGUGAAAGGAAGGGUGAAAUGGUAGCAAAGUAAACUUGGUUCUUUCGUUUUGCAAGUCUCCGAAUUUGCUCCUUGGGGUUAACUUGUAUUUUUUCCAGGGAAAGAGCCAAGGAGCUGUAACAUAGAAGUUAGUUUGUUUGCAUCUCUCUUACCUUUUCUAUCUUAGGCACCUUCCUCUGUUUAAAAAAAGCUGUCACUUACUCUGGCUGUAUCCCUAACUUCCAGUGCCUUUAAAUGUUCUUCUGCUCAAGGUUUUAAAGCAGUGAAGGUGUUGGAAAACUUAGAACUGAGAGAUAAAUAAGCUACUUCAGGAAGCUCAAAGGACUUCAAAGGACUGUUGAACAAAAUGUUUUACCUUCUCAUUCAAAUAUUCUUUUUUAAAAAAUGCCAAUAUUCACAAUGUUGUGUUAGUUUCAUAUUUAUAGCAUAGUGAUUCAAUUUUUAUUUUAUUCCAUUAUAGUGUAUUACAAGGUAUUGAAUAUAUCAAGUAUUCCCAGUAACCAAAAUAGAAACUCCAUGUAGUUGAGAGCAUCUGGCUGUCAGUUUGCAUGUCAUUGGGCACAGAGCAGAGGCUGAGCAGAUCAGAAAGUUGCCUUGUUUAUAAGACAGGAGCUCUUCUGAAACAUUAACUGUGGUUAAAAGCAAAACCACCUUUCUUCUAUUGCUUGUCUGUAUCAAAGCCAGGAAAGAGGGUGACUCUAGUUUUUUGUUUUUUAGGGGCUCUUCUACAAAUGAUGAAAAGAGGAAAAGAGCGGUGACUUUUAAGAGCUGUGGUUAAGAUGCUAAAGAUUUAUUUUCUAUGCUUUUAUCUGAUUGGAGAGUUGCAGAGGCCCUUAGAAAUCCUUUGGUCUAACUUCAUCUUAGAGGUAGAGAGCAGAGCCCUGGGGACUGCAUCUGGAAUCCUGCUGGUUAGUCUAGUGUUCUCUCUCGCGUAUCAUUCCUCUUCCCUGUCUGUCUGUGAUGAUAGUACCCAGGGCCCAGCCACUGAAGGCUGCAGUGGCGUGCUCCUGGGUGCAAAAUACUUUUAUCUGUGUGUCCUGUCCUUUUCCUUCCCUCCCUUCAGUGGUAGCAGGUGCCCUUACUGAUCAUGGGACUCUCAGCUAAGAGAGCUGAGGAAGAAAGAUCUAAGGUACAGCUUGGUUUUUCAAAGCCUGACAGCCACUUUGCCAUGCCACACAGAUGACAAAGGAAUAAGAUUGUCCAAAUCUGCUUCCCCACAUCUGAACUUUGAGAGAUAAGAAAGCUCCCCAAUGGAACUUUGUUUUCUGUGGCUCUCACCACUUUCUCUCUGGUAUUAUGGUCAUUUAUAUGCAAUUCAUCUCUCCUCCUAGACUGUACACUCGUGGAGGGUUCAGUAUAUUCUUAUUUAUGUUUGUAUCUUCUUCCUGUUGCUCCUGGCACCUAAUACAGUGCCUUGCACACAGAAACAGUAACUGACUGUUGAAUGAACGAAUAAAUCUGACAUAGAAGAAGGGGGAUGGACUUAGGAAGUAGUUCUGGGUUCAGAUUUUCAAGCCCUGCAUCUUCCAGUUAAAGUUAUUAACCUUCUCAAGCCUCAGUUUCUUCAUAUGCAAAUUAAAGAUGAUACUACUUACAAGAAAAAAAAAAACCAAGUAAAUCUGAUUGUGUUGUUCUAUUGCUCUUUCAGCUUGAAGUCUUAACUGAUGUCCUUUACGUCAGAGAAGUCAGAAGUAAUGGAGCAACAUAAUCAAAGUCUACCGUCUGUUUUCGAGGCAGUGACAUUAUGGAAUGUUCUAAGACAUGCUAGGUUAGGAAAGGAAACAGCUGUAUUUGGUGCACUUGAGACUUGUGAACUUUACUCACAAGUAAUAUUUUGUUAGUAAUUGUGAUAAUUAUGUACUAGGUAUAAUUAUUCUCAAAUGUAAAUAAAAGUGUUCUAAUAUAUGGAAACAGGCAGCAAGAUAGAGAAGGGACAUCUGAAAUUCUAUGCUUAUUUAGAUUGGUGCCACCUGAAUGUAUGUACUUAGGCCAAAUUUACUAUUUUGCAAUGUAGUGUAACAAAACUUGAAAUAGUCUUGGUGUAGUGACACUACAGUGGAUAAGGUCAUUCAGAGAAUGGGCUGUUAUGCCUUUGUGAGAACUUGUCAGUGAAGCCUUUUGGUUUUAAGCCAUAUUUACCAUGAAAAUUCUAAGACAGUAGUCAAACUGUUUUGCUCUAAAUAUAGUCUGAGGACUGAGGGGCAUUCAAAGCCUUAGGGAUUAGCAUUGUGAACUUUGGUAACCACAGUAAUAAUUACCUUUAGGACAUAGAUGUUAAAGGGAUUGAUCACUAAGUUGGUACUGAGCUCGAAUUCUCUUCAGAAUAAAUUCUUUGAUGAAAGCUG